UCCUCUUUUUCCUCAUUAGAUGACCUCACGUACCCGCUGACGGUAACAUAUGCAAAAGAUCAGUGCAACACCUGAGGGGAGCGUUCCGUAGCCUAGUUCAUAAACCCAAAACCUUCAGCCGCUUUCGAGUCAUCAGCGAUGGAGAACCAGGUGAUCGUGGAGCAUAUCUUUCUCCUGGUCAUAGUCACUCUUUUCAGCGUUCUGCAGAAUGCCUUCUUUGCCGUGAAGUUGGAGAGAGAGGGGAAAAGCGGCUGCGCGACUUCCUUUGACCGAGUGUCCUGCGCAGUGCGUAACUGCAUGGACGCCUACCCAACCUUCCUGGCCGUCAUGUGGUGUGCAGGCCUUUGUGUCAGCCAGGCUCCUGCGGCGUUCGCUGGGGUUCUGUACCUGAUCGUCCGUCAUAAGUACUUUGUCGGCUACAUGGGGCAAACCUCCCAAAGCACUCCAGGGUUCGUGUUCGGGAAGAGACCCAUCUUCUUCCUGAUCCUGAUGUGCAUGGUCGGCAUCCUGAACUACAUGAUGGCCUACUUCCUCGGCAGAUGUUACAAGGCCCAGCUGAAGACCAUCACCAGCCUGACGGCCUCGCUCCUGCUCAUCCCCUAGGAUCCCGAUCCUAGGGGAUCCCGUAGGCCCCCCCCCCCCCCCCCCAGCAGCCCCCGGGUGUCAGGGCCAAUGCCCCAAAACCAAGACGUCACCACUACUAUUGGGAUGUUGUGUAUUUACAAUUUAAUAUGCAUGGUGGUAAUAAAUCCAACAGAUGUGA